UUGUUUCCUUUAAUAUCUCUAAUUCUGAUCUCCUAAUAUUUUUCUUCCUCUACACGCUUCAAUCGACAGAAAGAAAGCGAGAAGUGUUUCUCUUUCUCAAGAACUCUUUAUACACACACUCAUUAAUUAAAUCUCUUAAUUGUUACUAUAAAGGUUUUUUUAAUUCUUUAUCUGAGAAUUUCCUCAUAUACACUUUGACACAUACAAGAAAAAAAAAAAACCUCCCAGGGACUGAAUUAGGUUCUAUAAUGAUGGUAUUCUGAUUACAGUUUUCUUUAUCGGGUUUCAUCCAAAAUUUUUGGGUAAUUGACUUUUCUUUACUCGGUUAUUGUUCUGAUUUGUGGGUAAUUUUUCGGAUUUUUGGAGGACCAAAGUUUUAUUUUUUUGGACUAUGUUCUUGUGAAUGGUGUCCUAUAUUGGUCUCUUUUGUUGGUUUUGAAAUCUAGGGUUUGACUAUUCUUUAUUAGAAUUCUUAUGAAUGAUAUGAGGAGAUUUUAUAGCCUAUUUUAGUUGAGGAAGGAAGCAUUACAGAGGCUUCUUGUUGAUGGUAUUUGAUAAGGUGAAAAGGCAUUGUUAUGGUUGAAUAAAGUGAUUUGCUGUAUAUAGUGCACAUAAUGAAUAACCCCUAGUUGCAGUGAGCUUAGAAUUGUCUGAAUUUUUUAAUUUCAUGGGUGGUCUCUUUUUGAAUCAUAGGGUUCUGAACAUUUUUAAUUUGACCCCUAUAGACUGAUUUUGUUUCUAAAGCCAAUUCAUUGAGAAACAUGGGAAGGACAAAGGGUUAGUUGAGACAAACAAAUCUACUUAUAGGAUGAUGAUUUUGUUUUUAAAGCAAAUUUUGUGAGCAACUGUGGCGAACGGCAGGUUAAUAUGACUUGGUUCAGUUUUUGUGCCUUUUUGGUUCAAGAGAGAAAUUGGUUUGCUUGGAGGCAUGGCAACUAAAUUAGGUUGACACGUGUGAGGGUUGAUAUUAGGAGUUACACUGAAGAAAAGUGUGGGUUUUUUCCCCCUUUUGUUCUUUGUUUGGAUAAUGUUCAUUAGUAGUGUUAUGGAAAGCAGUGAGCCUACAUUAGCCCCUCAAUGGUUGAGGAGCAGUAAACAUGUGACAAGCUUUGUUACUGCAUCGUCCCCGUUACAUUCAGAUGAUCCUGCUCCAUCAAAACUUGCAAAUAAUAGAUCACUGUCGAUGAAUACGAACGAUAGAGAGUUGAGGCAUCCUGCUGCAUCCGAUCGAGCCAUCUCAUCAGGUAACCGAUGGAGCUCCAACGGUAGUAUUUCCCCUAACUUGCGAUCUUACAAUAGUUUUAGAAGCCAUCGUCAUAGGGACAUGGAUAAAGAUAUUAACAAGUACUGCAAGAAAUCAACUUUAGGAAAUCAUAGGUCAAGGGACCUUCCUGAUACUUCGAGGAAACAUCGCUGGGACCUAUUUGAGGAUGAGGGGUUUAGACAGUCACAGUCGAUGAUUUCUGGUAGAGUUAGUGAGAAAUGGCCUAGGAAUUUCAGCGAUGGCCCGCUUGCUUCAGUUAGUGGUGUGGACAAAGCAAUUGACAGUGGCAUCCAAACCCUAGUAACUGAAGAACGACAAGUAUCACCUAGGGUUGGAAGAGUCCGAUCUCCUGGUUUGGGUACCAUGACUCACGGUUUACCAACGGGCACAUCUGGCUCUACUGGCAAUAAGUCGGCAUCGGCUCUGGCAGAUAUUACGGCAGUGGCUGGUAACAAUAACUCUGGCCUAUCUACUGUGAAACAAGUUGCUUCUUCUGGACCUCCUUCUCCGAUUUCUAGCAAUUCAAUUGGCAGGGGUCUUAAUAUGGCUGAAACAGUCGCCAAGGGUCCUCCUUGUGCUCAGACUACUUCCCGGUUAUCCCAUGCAAAUCAACGACUUGAAGAGCUUGCUGUGAAGCAAUCUAGGCAAUUGAUACCACUGAAACCAUUGGUCACUAAGGCUUCGGUGCCAAAUCCUUCUGAUAAACCGAGAACCAAGGUUGAGCUGCAGCAGCAAACUGUCUCAUCGUCUCAUCCUGUCAGUCACGGUCUCUCAAGCAAGCUUCACGUCUUUAAGCCAACAAGAGAGAGGAAUGGUGUGAACAGUAGCUUGAGCCCAAAUACACACACAAAAGGGCCAAAUGCCCUUCUUGCCGUUCCUCCAUCUGCUUCUACACAGAGUCCAGCAAGUAAUGCUGCUUCCUCUACCUCUGAACGCAAGCCUGUUGGGAAAAUGGUGGAAAAGAAGCUAUCAUCCCAAGCUCGGAGUCGGAAUGAUUUCUUCAAUCUUAUGAGAAGGAAAUCUAUUGGAAGCAGUUCAGCUGUCAAUGGUGAAGGAUGUGCUGUAUCACCAUCAUCUUUAUUUAAGUCUGGUGUUUCAGAAGUUUUGACUGCAGAUGCUGUCCCUCAGGAUCAAGAUGCCUCACUAUCUGAUGAGAGCCCAAGGGUUGAGCAAUCAGCUGAUAUCUUGGGUGAAAAUACAUGCCACAGUGACUCUUCUGAUGGGAAGAAUAGUACUGACAAGAGCUUGUCGAAGUCUGAUGCAAUCUUCUGUUCAGAAGAGGAAGAGGCUGCAUUUUUGCGUUCUCUGGGGUGGGAGGAAAAUGAUGAUGAGGGCGGCCUUACAGAGGAGGAGAUCAGUGCCUUCUACAGAGAUGUUACAAAGUACAUCAAUUCAAAGCUGUCAUUUAAGGCUAUGCAAGGCGUCCAGUCAAGGUUUCUGUUGCCUCUCCACUCUGGAAUUGGAGAUGUUGGUGGCAUUUCUUCUUGAUAUAGCUCAACCUGAAUGAUAUACCAAAAUGGUUAUUGAAUUUUGUUAGUACUUUAUUAGAACUGGGAAACUUUUCUGAUCUUGUCUUGCUCGUUCGAUUAGAUUUUGUGGGAAGCAAUGAGAAUAGAGAGGGUUUGGCAGUGCUUAAUGUGCUUUUCCAGUUAUAGAUUUUCUACCUUCUAGAGAUCAUGGUAAAAGAUUGUGCCUUCGAUAGGAGGUUUGGAAAAGAAUUUCUUAACAAUGAUCCUAUUAGUUAGUGUUAAAAUGUUAGUUGCUUUAACUAUACAAAAGAAAAUUAUUGCUAGAAAGCACCUUUGUGUCAAACAACUUUGUCUGGAAAAGAAUUCUAAUGUGCAUGCAGCAUGUUGAAUAUGUUAGGAUUUGUUAUUGCAGA